ACCUUUUUUCUUUGACACAGAUUUUUUUUUGUUCAAAAAUAAAAUAAUACGUAUGCAACCAACUAGUCAACAACCACGUUUUGUAGCGGUGAUUACGUGAUACGACACGUGGAUAUAGCUGUAUCUUACACAACCCAGUUGUUUCUGAAAGAUAAUAAUAAUAUAAAAUGGUUACUUUACUUACAAUUUUUAAACAUAUUUUCUAACGCAUUCUCUUUUUUCUCGGUGUUUUAAAUCAUUUGAAGUUCAUAUAUGAACUAUCAUAUGAAUUUUAACACGUAGAAAAAAUAUGUGUUAGAAAAUAUGUUGUUAACAAUUUAAAGAUUGUCCGGGCAAAACUCACACUUCUUGUCUUGUUCAAUUUUACUGUUUGUUGUCUACGUCUUUUCGUUCUGGGCCUGGGUCAGUGGAAUACAGGCCCAUGUAGGUGUGGUCCACAUUGAUAGUUUGAGGAGGUAGGUAGUAGCUGCUCUGGAAAAUGGCUGCUUCUGGGGUUAAUUCUAGCAAGCAAAUGAAGAGGUUGGAAUCAAGGAAAUCACAUUCUUGGUGGUGGGAUAGUCAUAUCAGUCCCAAGAAUUCUAAAUGGCUCUUUGAAAAUCUUGAAGAAAUGGAUAGGAAUGUGAAACGGAUGUUGAAGUUGAUAGAAGAGGAUGCAGAUUCAUUUGCCAAAAAAGCAGAAAUGUAUUACAAGAAGAGGCCAGAAUUGGUUGCUUUGGUUGAGGAGUUCUACCGUGGUUACCGAUCAUUGGCCGAACGUUACGAUCAUGUGACUGGAGAAUUGCGGAAGAAUGUACAAUCUGAUCUCCAAUCCCAAGGCUCAGGUUUUUCAGACACUGGCUCUGAACCGCCCUCAACUUUGCCCUCUCCAAACGUGACCCAUCGUAAAUCAAGCAACCGGGCUGCCGGGUUUGAUUUCUUUCUUGGAACUGGUGGGAAUGCGUCUGAUAUAAGCCAAAAAGAUGGAGAAGAUGAGUCCUCUACUAUGACAGGUUCCGAGGAUGAAUCUGAUGAUUCAUCGGUUAACAAUUAUUCAGCUUUCUCUCGGAAUGGUACUGAUCCAGGGAUGAACAGAAGAAUAAACGAGUUGGAAAAUGAACUGCGCGAGGUAAAAGAAAAGCUUUGGACACAGGAAGGAGAACAUGCAGAGGUUUCAGUUUCAUCUAGUGGGGCGACACAUGAGAAUGCCGACGAUGUUUAUGCCAAAAUUAAUGCAUACGAACAAGAAUUGAUGAUUGUAAAUGAAAAGUUAAGACUUUCAGAAGAAGAAAUCACUAAACUUAGGACUGAACUUGAAAACUACAAAUCCUUAGAUUCGAGAAAUAUGGAUGUUGGUGUUGAGUUGGAAGUUGAAGGAAGCGUUGAUGGCGUGGAUAAGGAAUUGUUCGAGUCAAGUGGUGGCACAGCCUCACUCAGGGAGGAGCUUCGAAUCACUAAAGAAAAUUUAAAGGCUUCCGAAACGCAAGUUGCUUCACUGAACACCGAGGUAAAUAAAUCCUCAGAUAGAAUUCAGCAGCUGAAGGAUCAGCUUGACUCGGCUAAAAAGGAUGUUGCUACUUGGAAAACCAAAUUCAACAGCGAGAAAAGAGAGAGCACGAAACUUCAAGAAAGACUUGCGAGGUUAAAGACUAGUUUAUCGGACCGGGAUCAUGAGAUCAGGGACUUGAAAACGGCCGUAUCUGAUGCCGAGCAGAAAAUCUUCCCCGAGAAAGCUAAUUUGAAGGCCGAAAUGUCAAAGCUGUUGGAAGAACAGACACAUUUAAAAGAGCUGAUCAGAGAAUGGGAAAGCCGUGGUCGAUCAUUUGAAGAGCAGAUCAGAAACAUUCAAUCAGAAAAGAUAGAGAUGGAGGCAGAAUUGAAAAAUGGAAUCCAGUUGCUAAAGGCAGAAAUCGAGCAGAGAGAGAACAACAUAAAGGAUCUCAAUGUAAGCCUUGAUAACUUAAAACUAGAGAAAGAUAACCUCAAUGUAGAAGUAGGUUCACUCAAGGAAGAUGUGAACUCGAGAGACGGUAGGAUUGGAAGUCUCGACCGCCAUUUGAACGAUUUACAUAUUGAACAUGUACAACUGAUUUCUUCUUUGGAAGAAGCAUGUAGACAAGUAGAAGAGAUUAAAACAAAAGCAAAGAAUCUCGAGGAACAGGUGGAGAGGCAAAAAACAGAGAUCUUAGAAGCAGCUGAAGAGAAGCGCGAGGCGAUCCGGCAACUAUGUUUCUCACUUGAGCACUAUAGAAAUAACUAUCAUAUGCUUAAGCAGCAUUUUAUAGGGCAUAAGAGGGUUCCAAUUUUGGCUGCCUAAUAAUUAGUAUAAAUCUAAAAUGUGAUCUUGUAUAUUUUUGCUAUGUUUAGUUGUUUUGUAGCGGUAAUGUCUUUCUUAUGCUUGUUGUUAUGAUGUAUGAGUCAAGGUCAAGAUUACUGAGAAGUGAUAACCAUGUUUUGAUGGUUUUCAUUUGAAUUUGUAUUCCCUGCUGUGGGUAGAUCCUGCAUUCACGCAUUCGGGACAUCAGUGGUCGUUUGAUCUUGGUCCAAAAAAAUGCAAUAAAAUUCAAAAUACCGAGAUUGAAUUUGGACUUUGUCCCGACUCCGUGAAUGCUGGGAAUCUAUGACUAGUGUUAAAAGAGGUUGUGGAAUUGAUCAAAGUUAGAAGCUUGAUAUGGAUAUAAGGCAAGCUUGAAAAGGCAUCAUUAUCUUAUGUUAUGUUUGUUACUUUAUCGUAAAAUUAGGACUGCAUAUUGAUGUAAAGACCCCGGUUUCCACUACCCUUUGUCUCCCAUUAUUUAAUAAAUUUUGCUUUGAAGUUA